CACCAAUGCGAUUGCGUCCAUGAGUGCAAGCGCACCCUAAACAGCAAGCCGGCCGGCCAAAGCCAACACAUAUGGAUUCCCAGAAGCGUCCAAUCUACCUCCCAAACAUGGUCUCGCCCCGCAGAUGCACUCUCCCGAGGCGCCCAAACACAUUGUGAAAGCUGCCGGAAGCAAGUCCAGAGUCACUCUGCUGCUGCUGCUGAUGCUGCGAUGGCGGGUCGUCUGCGGUGACAGCAUCCGGAUCGCCCUCCACAUGCAUCUCGACAUCGACAACAACUUCGUACUCCACCCAGCCCUUGUCCUUGUCGAUCGAGCCCAGGUGCUUUCCAAGCUCAGACUCGAGAACCUGCUGCAGGCCGGGCAGCUGCUCGACGUUGCUGGCCGUGGCCCCAACAGCCUCGCCGCCGAACUGCGAGCUGUAGCACUCCUCUGGGCAGAACCACAGAUGCAGCCGAGGCGGAGCAGUCUUUGGGAACCAGAACUUGGCCAUCUUGUAGGCGUGCGACAUCGGCAGGAAUCCAAUCCGGUGGAUCCAGAUUCCGAACUUGGCCUCGCCCGUGGGCUCGAAUUCAAAGGUCCACGUUUUCUCGCACCACCGGACGAGUCGCAGGAACAGCGCCGUCACAAUCUGGUUGUUGCCCGGCAGCAUUGGGAACUUGCCGAAAGCAACGGCCAUGGCUUCAUCCGGCACCGAGCGGCCAGGAAUGUGCGGCUUGCGUGCCUUGAGCGAUUGUGCGAUGAGCCUGAGGCAGAUUUGGUGGAAGGUGCGGCAUGUGGUGUGAACGGCCCAGAGGGCCGACAAGUCGAGAUGCUCGAGCACUUGGAACCAGAUUUCGUUCGGCAGGAAGCUCGCCUUUGCAGCGAGGCCGGCAUCGAUCGUCGCUGCUGGGACAGUCAAGGCUGGAGGAUCCGACAGCGGAAGGGUGUCGGCAGAGUCGUUAUCGUUGUCGGUGGUGAUGUUGAUGUUGGCGCUGAGGGCAAGUUCGGCGGGGUUCAUGGCUGCGAUGUGCCGAUGCAGGUGAGUUAUCGAUGAACCGAAUCGGAUAGCGUCGACGUUUUUGACGACAACGAUGGCUUUGACAAAGGCUUCACAGGGGCGGCAGAGAAACGACUGGCCUGGACGGGACUGAGCGCAAGUGAGAGGGAUCGGAGAGAGGGCAGUUUGGU